AUGGCGAGUGGUGAGGAGGAGCGACGGCCAUUGACGAAAGAAGAAAUUGAUGCCAUGGAUCGGAGUCAGAAGAAGGUGAGGAAGGUGGAGGGCGAGUUUUCUAGCGAUCUGUCGAUGGUUCCUAGGGUUGAGGAGUGGAUGGCGGGGGAGAUGAUGGGUGUGGAGGAAGGUGACCUGGAGCCGUUAGCGGCGGAGGCUGAUGAGGGUAGCGGGAAGAAACAAAAAAAGUUGUCUUACAAAGAAGCAUGUGUAAAUGAGAUAGGAGGAGACACUGAAGGAGGGGACGAGAGUGAGGAAGAAGAAUGGUGGGAUGGGAAGAAGUGGGAAUCAAUGAUACGGGUGGAGGAGACGGAGCGAGGCCCGAACGUUAUUAUUCUACCAGAAGCCAAGGACCGUUUGAGAAAGAAGUGGAGGAGAUCUGUUAUUGUGAAGUUGCUUGGCCGAAUGAUCAAGGAAGACUAUUUAGUUGAGAGAUUGCAGAAGAUUUGGGGGGUGUGUGAGGAGAAUAUCGAUGUAAUCGAUGUGGGUUCGGGAUUCUAUACGGUUCGCUUCAAACGUAAGAACGAUUAUGAUUAUGUGUUAACGGGAGGACCUUGGCUAAUUUUCGACCAUUACCUUGCUGUGUUACUGUGGAAGGAGGAUUUCGACUCCGAGAGCGAGGUUAUUGAGAGGAUCCUUGCAUGGGUUCGUAUUUCCCGCCUGCCCGUAGACUACUAUGAUGAGGGUCUACUACAUGUCCUGGGUUGUCAGAUAGGGAAGGUGAUUAAAGUUGACAAAACCACUGCUAAGCAAUCAAAAGGGUGGUUUGCAAGGCUAUGUGUCGAACUGGACUUAAAGAAACCACUUUUGCCUGUUAUCCUUGUGAACAGAAAGGAAAAGAAGGUGGAGUACGAGGGAAUCCACCUUAUCUGCUUUGCCUGUGGGAGGUAUGGCCAUGACAAAAACCAUUGCCAGCGUCGCCACCUAGCUCAAUCGACGUCAGUCGAUGGGAAGACCUCGCACGAUGGAGACAGGCAUGACGUGACGAGCGAGAACGGGGUGGGAGGAAGUGAGAAAGAAGGUGGAGGGCCGGCCAGAUCGCAACCGGCAACAGACGGCCACCCAUACGGUGAUUGGAUGACCGUGCAACGGUUCAGAGGAAGAAAGGGGAAUAACCGAGAUUUUGGGGGAAAUAAUGGCAGGCGAGAUACUAGGAGGAAUAUCGAGGAGAAGAAUUUGGGAUCCCGAUUUGCAAUAUUAAACCAAGAUUCUAUGAUGGGCAAUGAUACUGAACCGGUCACAGAGAAUGCACGAUCAUCACUUGGGGAAAUUACCAACACAGUCACAAAUGGAGGACGCAAUGUAACAAAGGGUAGUAGGUUAAGGAGUAAAGCAGUGGAAGUAAGGUUGGGCCCAAAAACGAACAUCACUAGAAGGGCGGAUCCUCAACCAGGAGGAAUGGAUCACUACUUAUCGGUCAAAGAAAAUUUGGGCCUAAAUGAGAACUUGCAAGGAGGGCAGAGAUUGGGCAGUGGGCUAGAACAUGGGGACAUAAAUGGAGAGGACGGCACGAUGGGAGACCUCGUUGAAGGAUCUCCAGUACAGCCUAGUACGCCUACCCAUAACGCCAUUAUGGUGGCACUGGGGGCGUCAAUUCCUGAUGACCCAGGAGAUCAGGGGAGGGAAAUAGGAAGAAGUUUCAUGAUCAGGCAGAACCCGUUAUCUACGACGGAUGAAAAUGAUGCUCUGGGCAUUAACCAUGAGGUCUCGAUUGAGGCCAUGGAUUGUUGA